UCACGUCGUCAUCUUGUGAACUGCGCCGCUUCACAGCCCAUCUUAACCGACGGAUGUAUCAAAAUAUUCGACGGAUAAAAGUGCACGGUAUUUGACAUAUCUUAAUAGAAUAAGGGUCGGGGGUUUAAUUGUGAUUAUAAGGUUAAAUGGUCCAUAUAACCAUGCGCCACCACAGUAAGCGAGCUAGCUAGCUCGGUCUGUGUUAGCAUUAGCAUUGUUAGCAUUUAGCAUUGUUUAGCAUCCAGGCCCCGGUUCAAUGUGAGCACAAAGGCUGUGCUCCAUCUUCUCUUCAGAGCAAUGUUUCCUUCCUGGGGAAAUUACGGUGCACCGCCAUCGCAGAACUAUGGAGGGCCUGGACCUCGGAAAAUGCCUGGUGGAGGGCACGUUGGUCCCCAGGCGGGAUACGGCGGCCUACAGGCCCCGCAAGGUGGCUCUCUCUUCUCCAGCCUGCAGGAGCAGCACCUCCAGCAGAUGCAGCAGCUGCAGAUGCUCCACCAGAAGCAGCUCCAGACGGUGCUGCACCACGGCAAUGCGGCUCCACCUUACGGCGGAGGACACCCGGACGGGUUUCCGGCACCACCGUCGUGGCAAUCAACAGAACCGGGCCACUUGGACGGCGAUGGGGGGACCCAGCUUCAAUUAAAAGGCGGGGGCGCGUUACCGACACCACCCGACCUGUCGAAGCCGCCGCAAACUGAGUCUCAGCCGGCUCCCCCUCCAUCCGAGCCCCCAUCAUCGAAACUUCUCGAUUCCGAUGCUGCUCUUAAGGUUAACGAUGGGAAAACGCAGGAAGAAGACAAAUCGUCUUUGCAGAACCAGCAGCAACUUUGGUACCAGCAACAUCUUCAGAACCUGCACAAGUUAAGGCAAGAGAAACAGAACCAAAAAGAUGCCAACUUUGCUAUGGCGCAGACAGCGCCACCCAAUUGCCAAGGCAAACAGCCUCCACCUCCACCAGAAACAACAAUGGGUGCACCGCCUCCGCCCCCUCCUAAGGAGGAGCCCCCAGCACCACCUCCACCUCCAGAGCCGGAGUCAAAGAAAGACUCAGAAGAGAAUGUCCGUCUCCAGCAGUUACAGGCUGCAGCGGCUCAAUGGCAGCAGGUUCAGCAACAGAGAGUAAGCUUACAUUACCAGGCUCUUAUGCAACAGCAUGAGAGUCUUCAGAAGAUACUAGAAAAGUAUCAGCAGCUAAUUCAGCAACCUCCAAACCUACAGACAAUGUCAAAUGAAAUGCAGCUGAGGCAUUAUGAAAUACAAAAGCAGCAAUUCACUCCUCUUUACCAAGACUGGGAAAAUUCCUUCAGGUUGUGGUUUGAGCAGUUCCAAACAUAUCCCCACAAAGACCAACUGCAUGACUAUGAGCACCAGUGGAAGCAGUGGCAGGAUCAGAUGAAUGCCACCAAUGGCCACCUUUUAGAGAGGAUCGCAACUCUCACUGCAAUGGUGCCGUAUGCUGCAAGCCAAUAUAAUAAUGUCGUUAUGGGGCAAUAUGGAGCAUACCCUGGACAGGACAUGCAAAUGCCGCCACCACCAGUAAAUGCAGGUAUGCAGUCGACCGCGGUUUCUGCCGGUCCCACACCCCAAGGGCAGCCGCCCACACCAGCUAUCGCACCACAACAUGCAGGCGGGCCCCCUCCUGGAGUCAGACCCACAGGUCAUCCAAAUAUUCCACCGCCAAACUUCAACAACAUGGGGAGUCCAUGUGUAAACACCCCUGCUUUCAAUCAGGCACACAUGCCAUUUGAUGGAAAGCCGAGAUUUGAUCAACCCACACAACGUUUUGACCGCCCCCCUCCAUUGACUCAACUUCAACCCACACAGCAAUUUGAUGGUCCCCCUCGCUUUGAUCAACCACAUCAGCGUUUUGAUGGUCCGCCUCGCUUUAACCAACCAGUGUCACGCUUUGAGGGUCCUCCCCAAUUUGACCAUGCCGGUCAGAAUUUUGAUAAUCCCCCAAGAUUUGACCAUCCACUAAGAAAUAACACACCCCGAUUUGGUAGGCAGUCUAGAUUUGAUCAGCCCCCAAAACAGACUGGCCCAACAGUGCCCCCACAAAAACAACCGGAAACUCUGACUCAAGGAGAGCAAAUUCCCAAACCACCUCUCAAUGUGGCUUCUUCAUUACAACCUAUCAAGAAGUCUGAGUCUGAUCAACAGAAGAGAAAAUCUAAAUUUAUUACUGCGAAAGAUACGACGGAUGAUAUGGUUCAAAGUGAUGGAUUUUUUAUCCCCACUGAUCCAAUACCGCAAACCAAGUUUCCAGACAAAAUUGAUGAUUCUGAAAAUACUUCUAAUAUCAAAAAGCCCAAACCUUUAGACACUAAGUCUACUAACCUUGAAUCCAAACAAACCAAUGUACCAGAUGGACCGUUGAAAAAUGGCAACAACCCCACAGUGGCACCAGAGAAAAGACAGGAGACACCACCAUCCAAAACAGGACCUGCAAGGCCUCCCCUGGGUAAAGUCCCUGUCCAAGGUGCGGGACGAGGUCAUCCCCCGGUGUCUGUCCAAAAUGCGGGACGGGGUCAGCCCCCGGUGUCUGUCCAAGGUGUGGGACGAGGUCAGCCCCCAGUGUCUGUCCAAGGUGCAGGCCGAGGUCAACCACCAGUGUCUGUCCAGGGUGCAGGACGAGGUCAGCCCCCAGUGUCUGUCCAGGGUGCAGGACGAGGUCAGCCCCCAGUGUCUGUCCAAGGUGCAGGACGAGGUCAUCCCCCGGUGUCUGUCCAAGGUAGAGGACGAGGUCAUCCCCCGAUGUCUGUCCAAGGUAGAGGACGGGGUAAUGAGCAGAGUGGGCAUGAAGACUUCAGAGGACAUAGCAUUGUACCCCCUAAAGGGCAGAUUAAUGAAGUGUCUCAAGAUUUUAUGCCACACGAGGAAGAAGAAUUUGUGCAGGAGCAACAAGACUACCAAUGGCAGGAUCCUUCAUUUGAGGAGUUUGGUGGUGAGGUGUCUGAGGCACCUGAUGAGGAAAUGUGGAUGCCUGAGGAUCAUCACUUCCAAACAGAAGAGGAAUAUUAUGAAGAACCAAUGCAAGGACAUCCUAUGGGAAGAGGGGGGUUCUCGAUGAUAAGAGGACGUCCCCCUAUGGGCCGAGGAUGUGGCCCCAUGGGUCGAGGGGGUCUUCUUUUAGGCCGAGGAGGACCACCAAUAGGCCGAGGAGGACCACCAAUGGGCCGAGGAGGACCUCCAAUGGGCAGAGGUGGGCUGCCUAUGGGUAGAGGAACUCCCCCCAUGGGACGUGAAGGUCCACCCAUGGGACGUGGAGGUCCACCCAUGGGACGUGGAGGUCCACCCAUGGGACGCGGCGGUCCACCCAUGGGGCGCGGAGGUCCACCCAUGGGGCGCGGAGGUCCACCCAUGGGACGCGGCGGUCCCCCCAUGGGACGCGGCGGUCCCCCCAUGGGCCGAGGGUUCCCCCCCAUGGGCCGAGGGUUUCCCCCCAUGGGCCGAGGGGGCCCCUCCAUGGGACGAGGAGGUCCACCCUUGGGAGGGGGAGAACAAAUGGACAGUCAAUGGGAAGAAACCGAGACAGACGAGUACUACGAAGAAGAAGAGGCUUACUGGGAAGAGGGUAGACCUCCAAUUAGAGGAAUGAGACCCCCAUUUCCACCUGGCCGUGGUCGUCCUGGGUUCAUGCAUCGGGGACGAGGGCCACCGUCUCAUUUAGCACACGGCCCAAUGGAUGAGGAGUCAUUCGGUCAUGACACUGAUGAUAUGGAAAUAGAUCCAUCAGAACAUUACAUGAAUGACCCUCAUAACUUCCCAAUGCACCCAGGUGGAGGAAGAGGCAGACUGCCUCCACCACCCCAUGAAGCAAUAGGUCCUGACGGGGAAUCAUUUUAUAAUGAAGAAAUUGAGGGUGAACAGGAUUGGCUGUCACCCCAUGGGAGACCUCUAAUGUCGCAUGAAGUCAUGGAAAGGGGUGGAAUGAGGAGAAGGCCGAUGGGACGUGGUAUGGCAAGAGGUAUGAUGCGGUCAGGUUCUUCACAUGAACAUGAAGAGGGAUACAGUGAGGUUUAUGUUGAGGACUAUGGUCAUGGAGAAGAUCGCUGGCGGCCACCGCAUCCUGAUGAAACUCAACAUGAGGCCAGGUUCUUUGACUCUAAAUGGGACCGAGAGCGACCCUCACCGGAACAGGACUUUCCGCAACACUUGCCUCCAUCGGAGCGCUUCAGGGAAGAUCGUUGGCCGGAUGACAGAGAGAGAGGUCCUCAAUAUCCAUAUGAUGAUGAAUACGACAGAAGUAGAGGCGACAUUAGAAUCCACGACUUCUCGAACGAGCCUCCGAAAGACUUAUCACAGCUUCCUCCAGAAUGGGAUCGGCCUUCAAGACUUCACCCACCAUCAGAAAGAAUGUAUCCCUCUUAUGGGGAUCACAGGGACCAACCUCCUUUGGACAGGCCUCCACACCAUGAACCUGUUCAAAACUUGCCAGAAAGCGCUAUUGAUUUAGCAGCACAAGGAGCAGGCGGAGGAAACGUGCUUGCUCUUUCUCAGCGGCAACAUGAAAUCAUCUUGAAAGCAGCUCAAGAACUUAAACGCAUAAGGGAACUCCAGGAGGGCAAGCCUGUUGAUGUUGAAUCUCAGCCUGCACCAACUAACACAUUACCUGAGCUCCCCGCUGGGCUCCUUGGUUUGGAGAUCCCACCAGAAGUCAGAAAUGCUCUAAAGGGCAUGACUGCAGCUGCUCAGACAACUUCAUCUUGGGAUACUAAUCCUGCUGGACCUGCAGUAAUUCCAAAGACUGUGGAAUACGGGCACGGACACGAGCUCAGUGGCACUGUUGAGCGGAUAGCUUACGGCGAGAGAAUUGUAUUGAGGCCUGACCCAGACAGGGGAUAUGAAAAAGAGCCUCUCCGAGAUCCUUAUGGCAGGGAUCCAUACUAUGACAGACGCUCGGACCCUUACAUGGACCGCCGUGAGUACAGCCGAGAAAGAGAGCUCUACAGAGAAAAACCUCCACCUGAAUAUGAAAGAGAAAGAGAAAGAUUUGGGAGGGAACGCUAUCCACCAAGAGAGCGAGAUGGAAGAUCUCCACUGGCACCACAUCUUCGUCCAGGAUACAGAGAGCGAGACCGUGACUUUCACGAGAGAGACAGAAGUGGAAGCCGUGAUCGAGAAGACCCUUUUGGCAGGCCCAGUUAUGAUAGACCUCCCUAUGAGCGCUCUACCCUCGACUGUGGGCCUGAACGCUAUAACCAUGGUUCUUCACCAUUCGACAGAAGAGGUUACCCAGAGGAUAGAGGGCCCCCAACAGCACCACUUGCACCCCCACCUCAACCACCGCCACAAGUCGAAAAGAAGCCUGAAAUUAAGAACGUGGAUGAUAUUCUUAAACAACCUGGAAGGAAAUCCAGGCCAGAGAGGAUUGUCAUCAUUAUGAGAGGGCUUCCUGGCAGCGGAAAGAGCCAUGUCGCAAAGCUCAUACGGGACAAGGAGGUGGACUGUGGCGGCGCCCCACCGAGAGUUCUGGUUUUAGACGACUAUUUCAUGAGCGAGGUUGAAAAAGUCGAGAAAGACCCAGACACGGGGAGGAGGGUCAAAAGAAAGGUCCUCGAGUACGAGUAUGAGCCGGAAAUGGAGGAUACCUACCGAAGCAACAUGCUAAAGACUUUCAAGAAAACUCUGGAUGACGGCUUUUUCCCUUUCAUCAUAAUAGAUACUAUUAAUGACAGGGUUAACCAUUUUGAUCAGUUCUGGAGCGCUGCUAAAACAAAAGGUUUUGAGGUUUAUAUUGCUGAAAUAACUGCUGACACCCACACAUGUGCAAAGAGAAAUGCCCACGGACGCUCACUUAAGGACAUAACCAAGAUAUCCAACAACUGGGAGUCCACGCCACGUCACAUGGUCCGCUUGGAUGUCCGAUCCCUGCUACAGGAUGCUGCUAUAGAGGAGGUGGAAAUGGAGGACUUUAAUCCUGAGGAUGAGCCAAAAGAAGCUAAGAGAGAGGAGGAAGAAGAGGGUGACCUGGGCUACAUUCCAAAAAGCAAAUGGGAGAUGGACACAUCAGAGGCAAAACUCGACAAGCUGGAUGGUCUGAGGGGCAGCGGGAAGAGGAAGCGUGGAAGCGAGCACAUGGCAGGCAUGGGGGACUAUCUUCAGCUGCCAGAUGACUACGCCACCCGCAAGUCUCAGCCAGGAAAGAAAAGGGUGCGAUGGGCUGACCUAGAAGAGCAAAAGGACGCCGAUCGAAAACGUGCUAUCGGCUUUGUGGUGGGCCAAACGGACUGGGACAAAAUUACAGACGACAGUGGCGUGCUUGCACAGAAAGCGCUCAACCGUACAAAGUAUUUCUAAGAAGAUCAUCUUAACCACUUGUUUUUGUUUUGUUUGAAGGUGUCCAGAAUAUGAAAAAUAAGACUCGGUCAGUCAAGUCUUUAUUUUCAUUGAUGAGGAUUGCAAAUUAUUUUUAAGUCUACUUCUGGUCUAUUAAUUUUUUGUCAUGAUUUUAUACGUUCAUCUGUAUUGUUGUUUCUUGACCCAUAUAGACUGUAAGAAAACAAUAAAAUUUCACACACUUUGAAUAAAUGUGGAGUUAUUUUGCAUGA